AUGGACCUGUUUUUCAAGUCUAUGCCUUCAUACACCAUGUCCAAGACAAUUGGGUUUCUCACAUGUUGGUUCCUGACAAAAUCUAAAAAGAACUUGCCCCUGCUUCAACACCGUCUCCCCAACAUCCUCUCAAUCGUCUUUGUCAAUAUGGAUUAUCACACAGUCAUUAUGAUCAACUACAGCAGCACUGAAUCCUGGCUUUACAUCAAUACUUCAUGCCCCAGUCUGUCAGGGACAGCCAGUCCAGCUAACAGCAGUGGUAUGGAAGCAUAUCUGCAAAGACUGGCACAUUUAGAUGAAGGACUCUACAAUGACUUCUACGGUCUCUGGGUCGCACUGAUUAUCAUCAACUCUGUCAUUUUCCUGGUGGGCAUGCUUCUCAACACAGUUGCGCUUUAUGUUUUUUGCUUCCGCACCAAACAGAAGAGCACGUCAGUAAUCUACACCAUUAACCUGGCCGUGACGGACCUGCUGGUGAACCUGUCUCUGCCCACCCGUAUCCUGCUCUACUGCAGCAGAGGUUCCUGUGUCACGUGCUCCUACAUGCACAUCUUCAGUUACUUUGUCAACAUGUACUGCAGCAUUUUGUUUCUAACCUGCAUAUGUGUGGACCGGUAUCUCGCCAUUGUGCAGGUUGAAGCUUCUCGUCGUUGGAGGAACUCUGGCGUAGCCAAGUGUGUGUGCAUUUUUGUCUGGCUCUUUGCCAUCGUGGUCACCUACUCACUCCUUUCCACUGCCUUCCAGCACACAGGCUGCUGCAUUUCCAAGCUCCUCUUCCUCACAAUCACGGAGUUCUUUUUGCCCCUCGUCAUCAUCGUGGCCUUCACACUGCGUAUCAUGUGGGCCCUCACCGACCGGCGCCUCAUGCAGCAGAGCAGGAAGAGGAGGAGGAGGGCUGUCCAGUUGUUAACCACUGUACUGAUCAUCUUCACCGUCUGCUUCACACCUUUCCACAUCAGACAGGUUUUGGUGUAUUUCUACCCAGACAUGCCCCAUCAUGUGAUUGUAUACCAUUUAACCGUCACUCUAAGCAGUUUGAACAGCUGUAUGGAUCCUGUUGUCUACUGUUUUGUAACAAAUAAUUUCAAGGCCACCAUGAGACAUUUUUUCCAUCGUGCCGAGCCGGAGCAGACCAGCGGCGACAAUGUCAGUAUGCAGCGCAGCUCCAAGGCCUCAAGAGGGGCAGCCGAUGCCAUCACUAAUGUUAAAAUCACCAUGACCAAGAUUCCCACUGCACAACAAAAAGACAAUGAUGGGACGGAUGGCUCACUGUAA